UCUAUCGCUAUCACCUGUAAUUGAUGCGCCUUGGAAUCUUGCAAUGAGUGAGUUCCGUGCGUAUUUUUUCGAUUUUAUCAUCAGUCUAAAAACGAAUCAGUUCAGUAAGAACCGAAAAUAAUCACACAAAAAUUGAAAACGUUCCAAGGUUUGCAUUGUAAAAUAAAUAUAAUUGUUUUUACAUAGAAAACGUGGCGGAAAUACUGUGAAUUUAAACAAAAAGGCUACGCAAUAAACGCGGUCGUGAAAUUAUAAAAAUUGUAAAAAUUCGAUUUUGAUUAAAAAUCCAAAAAAUAUAAAAGCGGAGUCAAUCUUUACAAACCGAAUUAUAGACUAGUGAUUAUAUUCUUAUAUGAAAUAACAAUAUUUCAAAACCAAAUCAAAGGAAAACGCUAAGAUAAACAAGAAUCCUAGAAAAAAUAAUAACAAGGCUGGGUGGUAAACAAAAUCGAUAGUAUACAGUGACUGGCAGCGACCAAAAACGGGGUGCAGGAAGGAAAAUUUAAGUUCAACGAUAAUUAACAACUACAAUAAUGAACGCAUUCAUACGUCAUCAGCCACAAAUCCUGCGCAUCGAAAAGUGGCUGACAUUCCCAAAAGAUGGAGCCAGAAAAUACUCCACACCACAAUAUCUGUCCCGCUAUGCCUUGCGACGACACAUUGGCGGUUCAGCCAAUUCAAGUUUAUGGAUGGGCGGCAGCUGUGCCGGUACACAAAUGGGAAUGCAGUCAAUGUUGCUUUCCCGCUGGAAUAAUAUCAGCGAAACGCAUUACAAUUCUCAGCACAUUGGUGCACAUAGCACAACACGAAAAUUCCAUCUAACACGACGGCUAGGUGAAAAUGCAUCUUCUAAAGUAGAGGUAACUGUCAAUACGAUGAAGCAGAAGCAAAAAGAGAAAGUGGAAGAGAUCAUAAAGGAAGCAAGCACGUCAGUCGCAACAAAAACAGCGCGUGAAGCUGCGGAGCCUGGUAAGGCAGUAGCCGCAGAGCCCCCAAAAGCUGUCGUCGCUCAGAAGCCACUCACUACACGCAUAUGGGAGGAAGUGGUGCAUUAUUAUCAUGGCUUUCGGCUACUCGUCAUUGACAUAAAUAUUUCACGAAAACUGCUGUGGCGUGUACUUAAUGGAAAGACGUUGACACGUCGUGAAAAUAAACUACUUUUGCGCACCACCUCCGAUCUAUUCCGCCUCAUACCCUUUUCGGUAUUCAUAAUCGUUCCGUUCAUGGAGUUGUUGUUGCCGUUCUUUAUUCGUUUCUUUCCGGGCAUGUUACCGUCCACGUUCCAAACGUCUAAGGAUCGCGAAGAUAAACUGAAACAAUCGCUGCAAGUGCGUCUGGAAAUGGCGAAGUUUUUGCAAAAAACACUGGACGAGAUGGCUGUACAUAACAAGAACGAUCACAGCAGUGAAGAGGCCAAGCAAUUCUCUGAGUUUUUCGAGAAGAUAAAAGAUCCCAAAGUGUAUGUGUCGAUGGAGGAGAUCAUUAAGUUCGCUAAGCGUUUCGAAGACGAAAUCACAUUGGAUGCUUUGUCACGUGAGCAAUUAUCUGCGCUGUGUCGUGUGCUCGAGCUGAACACCAUGGGCACCACCAACUUACUGCGUUUCCAACUACGCGUCAAAUUGCGUUCGCUCGCCGCCGAUGAUCGUGUGAUCGCGCGCGAAGGUGUCGACGCGCUUGAUCUCUUUGAAUUGCAGCAGGCGUGUAAGGCGCGUGGCAUGCGCGCCUACGGACUGACAUCGGAGAAGCUGCGUGCACAGCUGCAGGAAUGGAUUGACUUGUCACUGAACGAAAAGGUGCCGCCAACACUGCUGUUAUUGUCGCGUGCGCUACUGAUCUCCGAUGAAACCGCGACAACGCACAAACUUGUGGAGACUAUGCGUGUACUGCCCGAAGCAGUCGCCACGAAGACGAAGGAGAAGAUUGGCGAGAGCGAAGGCAAAAUCGAUAAUAAGACGAAGAUCGAAGUGCUCAAAGAAGAAGAACGCAAGAUCAAAGAGGAGCGCGAGGAAGAACGCGAAGCAGAAAGAGCGAAGAUGGAAGAGGAGAAGGCGAAAGAAACCGAAGAGCUCAAAGUACCAUUUGUUGUGCGCGCUGGCACCAUCUCUAACGAGGAGCGUAAGCAGGCCGAAGCUAGCAAUAAUAUAUCUUCAAAGGAUGUGGAGUUGCUUUCCGACGCUUUGAAAUCGCUCUCAACAGAUAAGAAAAUGAUGGUUGAGAAAGAGACGCUCAAAGAUCUGAAAGAGGAACUUGAAGACUACAAAGAGGAUGUUGAAGAAUUGCGUGAGGUGCGCAAUGUGGUUAAGGAACCAUUGCACGAGAGUCGCGCAGCGAAAUUGCUCUUCAAGAAGGUGAACAGCAUGAUUGGACACUUGGACAAGGUGCUGGUGGAUUUGGAGAAGAAACGCGAGAGUCAACAAAAGAAGGCAAAGGCAACUACCGAGAUAGCCGUUCAAGAGAUUGCGGACGUGCCAGCGCAAAGCCAGGACCUCGUGCAGGAAGAGGAUAUUGUGCGCAUUGACGAGCUGAUGGAUACCAUCAAGAAGCUGCAAAAGACUUCAGAUGAGACCCGCUUGAGGCAAAUCGAAAAAGUGUUGAGCAAAAUUGACGCCGAUAAGGAUGGCAGGAUCACUGUAGAUGAGGUGUUGAAUGUCGUAGAAGCCAUCAGUCGUGAAAACGUUAAUUUGUCGGACAAACAAAUUGAAGAGUUGGUCACGCUGCUCGACAAAGAGAACAUCAUAGAGGCGGAAGAACGUUUGGAGAAGGCCAUUGCGAAGAGCAUCAAAUUGGCCGAAAAACAGAUCAAAGAUCAGCAAAAGCAGGCUGAAGAACUGAAAAAUUCGGACGAACUUAAAGACACUGCCCCAGAGCUGAAAGAUAACGCAAUGGAUUUAAGUUUAGAUAGCAAAAAGAACGUUUUGAAAACGGAGGCAAGCAACGAGAGGAAUCCACUCUUGGAGGCGACGGAAAAGCAAAAAGAGAAGAUACUCCCCAAACACGAUAUAACCGCGCAAAUACCAGAGCAGCCACUACCCGCGCCACCACCAUCAACAACAGCGACUAAGGUGAAUCCGAAAGAUAAAAUGCUAUGAUUUGAGGAUGGUGAUGAUAACGAUAAACCCCAACAAAAGUCUGCAGAUAAAAGUAGCCGGCAAACGUGAAGAUGCAGCGGCAAUGAAUUCAAAUUAACAACAUUUCUAGGGUGGUUUGUCUUGUUUUUUUUUCGUUUCGUAGUGGAAUUUGAAUGGGUCGAGUGCAAGCGUGCGUGUGUAUGAAAUGCUGAUGAAUAGUGGAUAUAAUGGCUGGCUGGCUGUGGAAAAACUAAAGAUAUAAAGUUAGUUUAAAAAACUGGUUUGAUAAAAAAAGAAUGCGGUAUGCGCGUUGGUGUAGCAGGUUGUAAAGCAGCAGGAAGUUGUUUUUUAAAAAAUGGCCAUCACGACAGCAAAGGUGGCAAAUAAGACUUGAAGAGUUUUUAAGGUAAAAUGAAAACAGAAACUGCUCCUUAAAUAGUUGUUCGAGAGUGUAAUUAGUUAAAUGCUAUUGACGAGUGAUUGCGACUGAAGUUGAAGGCAAAGAUAAUAAAGUAAUAGUAAUAGCAGUCAAAAUAUUACUACAUAGUGCUUUCUUUUUGGUGCUGGUUUGACUUGUAGUAUGUGUAACUUUUUAUAAUUGAGUGGCGCUAAAGAUUUUCCUCUUUUUGAACUUGAAAAUCAUUCAGUUAAUUUUUUUUUUUUUUAGUUUUUUACACUCUUGAGACACCGAUUGCAAAAAUGUUGAAAAUGUUAAAAAAGUUUACCUAAAACUACUAAUACUUUUUUUGUUGGAAAGUCGCCGCUGCUGUCGUACGAAUUAUUAGCAGCGCUCUUUUUUCUUCCUCAUUUAUAUUGGGGCAAUGAAAGAGAGUUUUGCGCAUAUUUCGGGCAUUUUUUUACAAGUAUAAAACCGUUCGACCGCCUCUAACAAACCAUAUUGAAAUAUAUAUACAUACAUGCUACUACUGUCAGUCUGCGUGCAAAACUCCACCACGAAUUUCGUGAGGCUGUAAAAUUAUAUAUGUAAAAUAAAUAAACUAUAAAAAUUUAUUUAACUUUUAUUGCUCUAUACGUGUUUUGUUUACUAAACAAAAAUCAUGAAAAUAUUUACUAAGGUGGUAGUUCCAUUAAGCUGAAAAAAACUUCGAAUUAACCUCGAAAUCCGAAAUCCUACUUUUGCUAAUUAUGAAAAUUUGUAUGGAAAAAGUUACGAGUUUAGAACUUUGUAGUUUUUCGAGUUUGAGGGAAUUCUCUAUUUGCAUAAUUUUUUAUACUACCAUAUAAAGAGCAUAAGAAUAUUGAAAAA